AUGGAAGCGUCUCCCAAGUCAGCUUCCAUCAGAGUCGCCCUUGAAGGAUGUGGCCAUGGCUGUCUCAAUGAUAUCUACGCCUCGGUCGAGAAAGCCGCCAGUCUCAAAGGCUGGGACGGUGUGGAUCUCGUGAUUAUCGGAGGUGACUUUCAGGCUGUGCGCAAUUCCUAUGACAUGGCAUGCAUGUCAGUCCCCAAUAAGUACAAAGAAUUGGGCGACUUCCAUGAGUAUUACAGCGGCAAACGCACUGCCCCUUACCUGACCAUCUUCAUCGGAGGUAACCAUGAGGCUGGUAAUCAUCUCUUCGAGCUCUACUACGGUGGAUGGGUAGCUCCCAACAUCUAUUACAUGGGCGCUGCAAAUGUCAUUCGCUGUGGCCCGCUACGGAUCGCGGGAAUCUCUGGCAUCUGGAAGGGUUAUGAUUAUAGAAAGCCCCACUUUGAAAGAAUCCCGUACAACCGCGACGAUAUCCAGAGCAUCUACCACGUCAGAGAGCUCGAUGUGCGCAAGCUAUUGCAAAUCCGCACCCAAGUCGACCUGGGUCUUUCCCACGACUGGCCCAAACAGGUCGAGUAUUCUGGUGACUACGAGGCCCUUUUCAGAAUCAAGAGAGAUUUUAGGCAGGACUCACGAGACGGAAAACUCGGCAACGUAGCCGCAAAAUACGUUCUGGACCGCCUGCGCCCGGCUUACUGGUUCUCCGCUCACUUGCAUGUCAAAUUUGUCGCAUCUAUCGAACAUGGCGACUAUAAACUACACGGCCGCUCAAACCGCACAACUCAGGAGACUGCUUCACAGACGAGCCAACCGCAGUCUAGCGCCCCAUCUGCGUUCGGAAUGGACGGUGCCGUCGCAUCCUCCCUGAAGGAGGUCUUUGACCCUGAAACCGAUGCCGUGCGUCCAGCAGAAGGUGCCCAAGGGGUCCCAUCCCAGAGUGAUGCCGUCGCCUCGCAGCCGGAACAAGCGAUGCCUACUCCUAAUCUUGAAGUCGAGACCCAUUCCCAAGCCCAGCCGUCAGAGACCGUGGAGAGCAGAAUCUCCGCGUGGAACAACUUUCAUGCCGUUGCGGCCAGGAAGGAGGCUGCUCAAAAUCCCGAAGACUUGCAAGCACGGGAUGCAAAUGAUGCCGAAAUGGCCGGUUUGAGACACAAUUUGACCUGGCGCAAAGUUGAAGUUGAUAUGGAUGGCGCUGGACGCAAACUCACUGGUGUCGAGUGGAGUGGCGGCGAAGGGCGGGAUGUUAAGAAGCAAAAGACACUGCAUGAGCCGAAGCCGGUCAAGAACGCCGAUGAGAUUGAUCUAGACUUGGACAGUGAUUCUGAUCAGGACUUGCCCACCAAGAACCCUCCAGCACCUGAUUCUCGAGGCUCCCUCCCCCCCGCUGAGCAGGGCCCUCAACCGAAUCAGACAGAAGUCUCUGAAGAAAUUCGCAGUCAGCUCCCUGCUAGUUUUAUGCGACCUAAAUCCGAACCCGAACCAAUCAACGGCCCCCUGCCCGAAGCCAUUACCAACCGUCGGACGGAUUUCCUUGCAUUGGACAAAUGCCUUCCGAAUCGUCACUUCCUUCAGCUUGUGGAGUUCCAGACGAUUUCUGAUCUUGAACAAGUUCAGUGCCAACGGCCUUAUCGUCUGCAGUAUGACAAGGAAUGGCUGGCUAUCACGCGCGUCUUUGCCCCUGACCUGCAAUUGGGUGACCCUUCCGCUAAGCCGCCAGCAGACAAGGGUGAUCUUGCUUACAGGCCACUUAUCGAGGAAGAGGAGAAAUGGGUGGAAGAAAACGUGGUCAAGGCGGGGAAGAUGACCGUUCCUGAGAACUUUACCCCGACUGCUCCGUUCUACGAUCCCUCUGUUCCUAUCACCACUGAUCAGAUGCCCCCCGAAUACACCAAUCCCCAGACUGCACAGUUCUGUGAGCUUAUUGGCAUCGAAAACAAAUUUGACUUGAGCGACGAGGAACGGCAGAUGCGCAUGGCCGCUGGUCCACGCGAAGCCCGGCCUCAGUUUCCUCGUCGUGGCGGAUUUGGACCGGGUCGUGGUCGCGGCGGUCGCGGUGGACGUGGCCGUGGCCGUGGCGGCGGCCGUGGUAAUCGUCGCUAA